AUGAGUUUAUGGCCAUAUCAAACAUCAUUUAUGAAAAUUAUAACUCUAUCAUUUGCAAUAUUCGGCGUUACAAUAACAGGUGGACCGCAGAUUGUAUAUUUGCUCAAACAUUCGGAUGAUCUAGAUGGUGUGUUCGAGCUUAUGCCAACUACGUCUGGCGCAGUGAUAUGCGCUGCAAAAAUUAUAAGCUUGACUCAUAAUUCUGAAAAGAUACGCGAAGAUUGGCAUGGUCUACUGACGAGCCAAGAAACGCAGAUCUUAACAAGUUACGCUGAAAAUGCUCGAAAGUUUACGUUAGCGUAUUCAAUUUCCAUAAUGGGAUUUGUAUUUUGUUAUGCUACGUUACCUCUUACCGCGCCCGUAUUAGAUAUCAUCUCACCCCUGAACGAAACGAGAUCGAAAGAAAUGCCGCAUCCAGCGGAAUUCUUUGUGAAUCAAGACAAGUACUAUUACGUGCUUUUGCUAAACACGUAUAUCGGUUAUAUUGCAUGCGUCUCGAUCGCAGUGGCUGCCGAUACUAUGUACGUUUUGUUGGUAGAACAUAUUUGCGGAAUGUACGACAUACUGUGGUGA